AUGGAGGGCAAACCACCUGCAUAUGACAGUGGAAGUAAAAAGACACUGACUGACUCUGCCAAACUUGAUACCACACAAACACAAACACAGAUUCACUCAACAUCACCUUCAUUUCGUACGAAUUUCGGUUGGUGGUUGCGAAAUCCUCUACUCUACGUAUUACCUUGUCGUAGAAACAAUCAAGGAAUAGUCCCGAACAAGCUUCCACCACGUCAAUAUGGCCCUAAACUAAUCUCGAUUAAGGGGGCUAGGCCGAUAUCUAUUUUUGGUCGUCUCAACGUCAGCUCCUCUUCGCAAAAAGCAGCCCAUCUCUGUAUGCACAAGUAUGGGAUGUUCUCUCACAGAUCGUCUUCGAGAAUUGGCAUCCCUGAGGGUAAAGCUGUGUGGAAGACAGGCAUUCUUGUACAGGGUUUCGGGUAUUUCACCAUCGCAUUGUCUAGCGACCCGAAUAACCUCGGAUAA